AUGUUUCAAAACCACAUCACUCCUCCCUCGUCAUCAUCGGUAGGAGUGCAUCAAGCACCACCACCCCAUCACCAACUAAUGAACGAUCCACUCAACUCUACAUCCAUGUUGAACAAUAAUAAUAACACCAAUAAUAAUAUUCAUACUCUUCCUACAAAUCCAGGAGGUAUUGUCGUCCCUGUUCCUACUAGGCAUUCCGCAUAUCAAACUCCUCUUCAACCAACCACUCCAAAGAAUCCAGGUUCUGCAUCAUCCAAUGUAGUUUUAACCACUCCUGUGGAAUCUUCUACUGCUAACACUCCUCCUUUUAAUAAUCAAGUUCAUGGGGAUGGAAUGGUUGUCGGAGAGAGAGAUCAACAUGGAGAUCAUCAUCAUUUACAACAAAAGACACCUAAUUUUCCAUACUUUUCAUCAUCGGCCUCUGUUCAACAUGUUUUGACAACAGACAACAAUCCCCAACAACCUCCUUAUUCGAGUGGAGUUCUAACAGCAGCUAUUGUGCAACCACCACAAACAUCAUAUGGUGUAAAUAAUCCAACAACUUUAGGAGGUGAGCCUGUCACAAACAAUGCCCCACCUGUUUUAGAAAAAACGACAUCGACAUCAGACUCCCAAUUUGUAUUUUCUUGUAAGCAUUGCAGAACGAUAUUUAUUGACAGCAAUGCUCUAGUUUAUCAUAGCGAUGAGAAUGAAAUUCUAAGCUUUUGUAGUAUCUACAAAGUUGAUGUUCGAGAAAAUGUACAAAUUGCUCCACCUGAUAGAUUUGAUGCGGGAAGCAAUUAUUACCCAUUAUUUUGCCGUCAUUGUCAGUCCUGUGUUGGAAGAAAAUAUAUAAUGAGCGACAAAAGCCCAAUUGUUGACAUUUUACAUUUUUACACACUAGAUUUUCAUUGUUUAUCUGUUUACGAAUUAUGGUCAGCAGAUUCAGAAAAGACCCCAGGAGAAGAAGGAAACAUUACUGAGCCUGCAGCUCUAUUUAAAGAAUUACCUACUCUAAAGUCAAUUAAUGAUGAAAUUGGAUUCAUUCAUUCAUCUCUGUUAGGUCUAAAAGAAAAAGACGACAAAAUUUUUUCGAGAAUAGAUGCUCUUGAAACGAAUACGCAAAUAAUUCCUCAACUCAAACAAAAAAUUGAAGAGCUCGAAAAGACUUUAAAUACAAUCAAAGAAACUCAAACCAAGCUUACUCACAAACACAGACAACUUGGUCAUGAAGUAGUUCACAUCAAGAAGGAGACAGGUGUCGUUCCAUUGUAUGAUUUACAGCCAACUAAUUCCCCUAAAAUUAUUACAACAAAUGAAGCAAACAUUGAAAACAACAAAAAGCGAACUAGUAUAGGAGGAACAUCCAGUAAUCUUCCUGAAAGUUUAUCUAAAAAGAAGAAAAACUAA